AUGAUCGAGUGCGCAACCUCUAACCACAAUAUCAACAUCUUCUUCAUCGACGCAAACGCUCGAACGGGCAGCUUAUGCAGCCAGGCAAUCGGCGAUCAAGGCUUCAAGCAAAAGGAGGACGACAACGGCGAACGCUUCCACAAGGUCCUGCAAGGUAACUCUCUCAUCGCCGCGAAUACCUUCAAAAGCGGUGGCCAGGACCACUACACCUGGGACUCAGGCAAGGACGUGCACAGACUGGACUACAUAGUGGUUGGCCACGAGCUCUUCGACUCCAUCUCCUACACGUCCGUAAUGUACGGCAUCGACACAGUAGACGACCACUCACACAAGAACGACCACUUCCCUGUCAAGGCCAACCUCGCCUACACCGUCGAGACCGCCUACCAACACGGCACGCCCAAGCUCGACAUCGCUAAGCUCGACUCCGAGACAGCCAAGAACGACUUUCAACGACGCCUGCAGCAGAUCCAACACCCUCCCUGGGAGACCAACCUCAACGACCAUACUAAGAGCAUCGUCGAUCAGAUAAAGGACGCAGCCUACGCCAGCUUCAAGAAGCAGCAUCAUGCCCCCCGCAAGCCCUACAUUACCGAGGCCUCCUACGCGCUUCUUCGAUUCCGACGCACCCUCCUCAAGACGAUCCGCAUAGUGAAAAGGAAUGGCAUUGGCUCCAAGAAAUCACGCAGACGGAUCCGAUACACCGCGCACCUCAUCGCAAACCAGUCGGCUUCAGCGUCCCCUGACGACGUCAUCCACCUCCUGGACAUCCCUGGAUACACCAAGUUGAUGAUCAAGACCAUCCUCUUCAUCAACCACGCGGACCCCGACCAUACCACGGCUCCACACCACGACAGCACCUCCUGCACAACCACCUUCACUACUGAUCUUUUCGACUCAUACAUGAGCUUCAUCCAAGAUACCGACCGCGCUCUCAGAAACCGCCUCGACCACGACCGCGACGCCCACCUCGAGCGCUUCUCCGACAACAUGAUAUUAUCAGCAGCAGGGAAUGCCCCUCGGCAGGAAUGGGCAAGCGUGAGGGCCUUACUCACAUACGGCGGCCGUGCACCUAAGAGAACUCCGACUCCCAAAAUACGCCGAGACGAUGACGGCGCUCCACUCACGACGCCACAAGCCAUCGCGGAGCACGCCCUUCGAUACUACGGCAACAUCGAGAACGGCAUCAACACCGACAUCGAAGGCGUCGUCAAGUACUACAACAACAAGACUGCGCACACUAAGCCGAUCCCCCACAUCGACAACGUCCAGACCAUCCACAACCUGACAUCCGCCCUGGCAGCCGCCAAGAAAGGCAGACGCGGCGGGCCCGACGGGAACGCCGACGACAUGGCACGAGCAGCGCCGCGCCAGAUGGCCCGACUUCUGCACCCCAUCAUGAUGAAGAUGCAGCUGAUGACGACGGAGCCCAUUUCGGCGAAGGGCGGCUUCUCCACCCAUUUCUCCAAAGGACAAGGACAGCUUCAUCUGCAGAAAGCCUACAGGGGCAUCCUCCUGAACAACACUAUUGGCAAGAUCAACAGCAAGUUCCUGAGAGGCCUCUUCCGCGACAUCUUACCCGACCUGCUUAUGGACACACAAUGCGGCGCCGUCCCUCACAAGGCGACUGACUUCAUCACUCACACCGCCUACACCUUCUUAGACGACUGCCGUACGCAGGCUCGCACGGGCAGCAUCCUCUUCCUGGACUUGAAAGAAGCCUUCCAUUCGGUAAUCAGGGAGUUCAUUUUCCAGCUGCCGACUCAGGAGGACGAGCUCGAAGACGUCAUCGACAACAUCGAGAUUCCCAUCUGCCUUCUUCCCUCUCUACGACAACGCCUUCGCUGUCCAGCACAUCUCAACGCCCACGUCGACGACUCUCACCUCUGCGCCCUCGUUGCCGACCACCACACGGCCAACUGGAUGACCGCUAAGGGCACCGACGCAUACGUGAUCCCUCGCACUAGUACCAGGCCAGGGGUGCCAUACUCCGACGCGGCUUUCAACAUGCACUUCUCCCUAGUGCUUCAGGCCAUCGCCGACGACACCGAUGGGGCAGAAGACGGCGAGAGCGGCCACCACAUCCGCCCCUGCGACAACCCGCUCUUCUCUACGGCUCCUCAUCACGGCGGCAAGCUGACCAACAUGUCCUUCGUCGAUGACCUCACCGACUUCAACUCGACCACCCGCCACUCCGACAUCAUUGACAUUACGAGAACUUCAGCCGAACGACUAUGCCGUACAGCAUUCACCUACGGGCUCAAGCCACACCCAGACAAGACCAAGGUCAUCCUCUCCUUUAACGGGACGGGAUCCAACGUCGCACGCAGUAGGCUUGCACAGCAGAACAUUACAUCAAUCCAGCUGAGCAUCAUGUCGAUCUCGGUCCAGAUCACAGACCAGCACCGACUCUUAGGCACCAUCCUCACCAGCGGCAGCAUGGGCCCCGAGGUGCAGAAUCGCAUGCGACGAACCGACGCUUCGGCACGAGCUCUUGAGAGGCAAAUCCUACGACGUCGACGCCUACCCCGCAAAACAAAGAUCAAGUACGUGCACGCCCUCUCGACUGCCUCAUUAACCUUCAACCACCACGUCUGGCCAGCACUGACCCAGACUGACCACCAGCGCAUCUCCAAUGCCUACUCGAAGCCCUAUCGCACGGCAGCUGGAAUACCCAAAGCUAACUCGCAGCUUCAUCAUUUCACGGCCACCGAAGUAGUAGCCUACACUGGCAUCCCCGACUUCGACCACCACCAGUCUGCUGGAAGGCUGCGAUACUUACCACGGCUUCUACGAUACGCUCCUCAGCAGCUCCUCCAACUGCUUGACAACCAGCGACGGAGAAAGGGCUCAUGGACAUACAUGCUUUUCCAGGACUUCGACUUCCUGCGCACAUACCUGGACGACCAGCGCUGGCCCACGACCAGCAAGCUCGACUCCGACGUUUUUGCAUGGGCACGCGCCACGCCGAAGCACUUCAGCAACUCCGUCAACCUGGCUGUCACAAACUACAUCCGCGCAUCCAAAGACCGCGCCCACGCCGACAAGCUGACCAAGGUGCUCAGACCCGACGGUCCCAUUGGUGCGGACCCCACGCCAUCACGCGACAACGGCGCCAGCAACUUCAUCUGCUACGAGUGUGGAAUCGUUACCAAGACCAAGCAGGGCAUGGCAAUACAUAUCGGGCCUGCCCUCACGGAAGAGGACGUGGCCACCAAUCAGGCGACCUACGCAGCCAGCAUAGCCGACAACAAACGCAGAGGUCCGUCAGUGAUGUGGAAUACUGAGAUGAUGCUCUACGCUACGGAGAACCUUGCUACGAGACGACCGACCAUCAUAGACGACGCCAGCAGCCUCUACGCCAUCUACUUCGGCCUCUCCCAG